AUGAAUAUAACCUCUAAAGAUGCCGAUCACGGCUCUUCCACCGACACUGUCCGGGCGAUUGGCUCAACAUCUGUAAUAUCGGACCCGUGCUCUGUUGUGAAAGAGCUGCUAGAUAAUGCAUUAGAUGCUUCUGCGACUUCUAUAGGCAUUGAGAUAUCUGCGAAUGCAAUUGAUGUGAUACAAGUAAAAGAUAACGGACAUGGAAUCCCUUCGGAUGACCAUGCUUGCGUUUGCAGGCGCACGUUUACUAGCAAGAUUCAGACCGUUGAAGAUCUUCGAACCCUGGGAGGGAAGUCUUUAGGAUUCAGAGGGGAAGCUCUUGCCAGCGCUGCUGAAGUGUCCGGUGGCGUGACUAUCACCACUCGAGUUGAGGCAGAGAUGGUCGGCACAUCCAUCAAAUAUGGAAGAAAUGGAGAGCUUAUCAGCUCUCAGCGCGCUUCGCACCCUGUGGGCACGACAGUCCGUAUAAUUGAUCUUUUCAAGCACAUACCUGUUCGGAGACAAUCCACUUUGAAAAGCGCCAUGAAAACUCUACCGCGAAUCAAAAAGCUUAUCCAGAUAUAUGCUAUGGCGCAACCCUCAAAGAGGCUUUCAUUCAAGGUUCUCAAGGCUAAGAACGAAAGCAAUAAUUGGAUCUACGCCCCUGGCCGCGAUGCGACAAUCACAGACGCAGCAUUAAAAGUUGCCGGCACAGAUGUCACUUCCAGUUGCGUCUUGAAGAAAUGGCCUUCUGAAGAGAAUGUAAACUCCGAGCCACACCAAGAGGAGCAUAUGUCCGAGUUUAGGCUUCUCGCCUUAUUGCUGGAUAUAGAGACCGAUUACGCAAAAUUGAGCAACGCUGGCCAGUACCUAGCCAUCGAUGGCAGGCCCAUAUCCAGCUCUCGAGGCAUAGGGCAAGAUAUAUCGAAAUUAUACAAGUCGUAUCUUCGUUCGGCCCUUUCCCGCAGUGAUGGCAGUCUGUCCAUAACGGAUCCGUUCCUCUGUUUGCAUAUCCAAUGCCCUCAAGCAAGUUAUGACGUCAAUAUAGAGCCAGCAAAAGAUGAUGUUCUGUUUGAAGAUUCCGAAAGACUACUUUCGCUUGUGGGGGACCUCUUUCGGAGUAUCUCGAAGAAGCCCAUCCGAAGCUCGCCAUCUGUGGUUGCCAACUCGGGAUUUUGUACGGCUCGCUCUCUUGCUCAAUCAGUAGAACCUUCGCCUUCCUUGCACGUUACGAAUGGGCAGUUCUCAGCCUCUUCUCAGAGAAGUAAUGUAUCAGUUGCUGAGAGCCGCGGAAAGUCUACGGAUCGCGAGUUCUUGAACCCUUGGUCUAUAACAAGGUGCAACACUCCGUUUCACAGAUCCGGUGAAAGCCAGAUCCGAAAGACAACAGCCCAUCGGCCGCCCGUGAAUGACAACAUGCAUACAUCCGAAGAAAGACGGGACUCGGCAGGGUCCUUUCUACCCAGUCCAACCGCAUCAACUGCGUCAGCGUCGAGCCCUCCGUCGGAUUCACGAUCCUUUCAGAAUACCCAGGCAUCACCCACAAGCCGUGGUUGCGAUGAAGCCGCAAGGGCUUCAAGGCAACGGGCCAGGGAAAUGUAUGGUAACGGAGCUCUGGACACUUGGUUCGGGAAGACUACUCAAAUGGCACUCGCCCGGAUAGCGACGGAGGAGCCGUCGGGCGACGAUCAGGAAGAACCCCCGCUGAGCCAACUAGCACAUGAACGCUUUCGCUCGCAAGAGCAGUCUUCGCCCGAGUUGUGCGAAAUUGCAAGCCGCACAAUAUCCAUUCGGAGAGGCUCCGGGAACAGUACACCCGAGAGUCCUGCACUUUCAAGUAUUCCGUCACAAAAUCCUACUUCUAGAGUAUCAUCACAGGGCCCAGCUUCAGAAGUAAGAGAAAAGCAUCAAGAGUUUCCGGUUCUUGAGCAGUGGUCUUCCAGGCUACAUAGCCUGGCUAAGGACAGCCCAAAAUCUGAUUUGGAGACCGCUCUAGAUUUCGAGCAUCGAAAAAAAGAAGCUAUCCAAAGACGACGAGAGAUUAAAGGUCGUUCACAACUACCUGCUUCGACCAACUCGCCGCACUUGAGCAGGUACCUUGCUGCGCGUGCUGCUCUGCGUCCCGAAUCCAACCAAUCCGUUCAUAAGUUGAGUUUAUUCACUUCAGCAGAGGUUACGACAAAAGGUGGCUUAAACCCCCAUGACCCAAGAUCAUACCUUAUACGACACCAGCACACAAACCGACAGGAUGAACUAUCAAGAGAUGGUAAGGUUCGGCGUAUUAACACGAACAAAUUACCAUUCGAACGAAUACCAGAAGGCCAUGAAUUGCACGAUAUAGGCAUCAAUCUAUCUGCUACGCUUCCGGCCCUUUCAGCCUUAUCAGAGGAAGUAUGUAAGAGCGAUUUAUAUACCCAAUGUGGAGAGCAGUUUGAAGCAUUUUCCGCUUGUGAUCUACAGUCUGAUCUUGUUACAUUAUGGACGUCUAGAUUGUCCGCCCUGCUCAAAAGCAAGUACAAGGCAAAAGAGGGAUCUGAAGAAAUUACACCUCGGUUUGACUUUUCUGCCCUAACCGAGACGAACGAUGGUCAGAAAUAA